AUGCCACAUGCCACCUGCUACAUGCUGUAUUGCUUGUGCCUCUGCCUGCUGCUGCCUCUGCUCGGCCACGCCUAUCCCGCCACAAGCAGCACAGCGGCGGACAAAUCGUUGUCGCUGGAGGACAUCGAUCUGGACAAUGAGCAGGGCGAGAGCGUGAAGGACUCACAGAUAGCCAAACGCUCCGGCAGCUUCGACUAUGUGGCGCACCUGAAGUCCGGCCUGCUGAGCAGCAUUGGCGGUGCCUCUGCUUCCAUAGCCUCGGGCAGCUCAGGCAGCAGCAGCGGCGGCGGCGGUGGAGAAACCCAUCAUCAUGACGUGGUGGUGCAUGGCAACUCGGUGGACUAUGAUCCGUGGUCGUUCAAGAAGUCCGUGCUGAACACCAUCUUCCAGGCCGUCAAGGCCAUUACCGGUGGCGUUACCGCUCUCAAGGGUCAGCUGAUCAAGGGCAGCGGCUAUGCGUUGAGCGCUGGUGGCAAUCUGGUGGCCGCUUCCGGUGACAAGGUCACCGACGUGGGCAAGUCCAUCAUCAACUCGGCGCACAUCAACUCGCACACGUACGCCACGAGCCACUCGAGCGGCGGCGGCAGCGGGUUCAUCCAUCCAUUUGCCAAGCUGAGCUCGCUGUCGGGCGCCUCCUCCGGCGGCAGCAGCGGCAGCAGCAGCAGCGGCAACAAGCACUCCUCAUCGGCGCCAGGUCCCGUGAUCCAUCAUGAGACCAUAACCACAUACGAGAUACCAACGGGUCACUCCAACUACGGUCCACCAUCGAAGCCGCCAACCUUUAGCAGCGCCACACAUCAGUAUCUGCCGCCGGGCGGCUCCAACUAUGGGGGCGGCGGUGGCAGCGCCGGUGCGCCGUUCACCAUUGGCCACGCGGCCUUCGAGGCACCGCAGAGCAACUAUCUGCCCUCCGCCUAUGGACAAGAUGUGACCACAGCCGGCACAGACGACUUCAACAUCUAUGGACGCCACAAGAAGCUCUCGGACGAGGAGGCGCGCAGAGCAGCGCUGCAGCUGCAGGAGAUUUUGAGCAUGCUGCCCAAUGGCAAGACGGAAUACACGGCAUCCAAGACGGUGGCGCUGAACACGAAUAGCGGAUCCGAUGGCUCCAAUGUGGAGCAGGCCGAUCUGUACAACAGUUAUGGUGUGCCGCUACCCAAUAAUCUGGGCCCAUUGGAGUCUCUCUCCCACACAGAGUCCAUAACGGCGGCCUAUGGCCCUACCAGUCAGGGACCCGCCGACAUUUACCACCAAAUGGCCAAGCGGCCGCAGACAGCGGAGGAGGCGUACAUACAGAAGCAUCCGAAUGAGGGCUACGAUUAUACGCCGGCAGCCGCUGGACCACCGCCACCGCCAGCGCCAGCGCCCAGCAACAACGAGUACAAAGUGGACAAUUAUCAUGCGAGCAAGAGCAAUGCGCUCAAAGAUCUGUCGCCUAUCAUCGCCGCCCUGGAGGUGGCCAAGCGCAAGGGCCCCAACGCCAGCAAUAGCAACGCGCCCGUCACCUACUCCAUUGAGAAGCAGGUGCACAAGCAGGUGGCUCCCUUCCAGUAUUUGCCGCCAGUGGUGCAGAAAACCAAAUACACGUACAGUGCACCGCCGCCGCCCAGGCCUGCCUACAGCGGUGGCUACAAAGUGCGACGCCAUGUGGCCGCCCGGCGACCGGCCUUGUCCCGGGCGCAGGACUACGAUAUACAGGAUCCACUCAUGUUCAAUCGCCUGCUGGAGGUGUAGGCAUAGGCGUGUACCCGCUCUACACACUAUAGCUAUAUAGAUCACUAAGUCAUAUGCAGCAUUUAUCGAUAGUUUCGUCUUAACCUAAUUUAUUCAUGUUAUCUACAUCAAUGUAGUCGACAUGCAUAUAUCUAUAUAUACAAACAUACAUAUAUAUAGAUAUGUGUAUAUGUAUAUUUAUGUGAAACUCGCAGCUUCUAAAGCAAUAAACGAGUUUGAAACCAAAGCACACGGCAUGCGCAUCUGUGGCACACUCAAUUUGCACUGCUUUCAUGUAAAUCCCAACACCACUGCACCACCAACACUGCCAUUUACCACAGCACCCACUCCUUCCUGAAAUCUGCCCACCCAUAAACCACCUGGAUGCUGGCUAUCGCAGCUAUUCAACUCUAGCAAAACACAUCUC